AGGCGGGAAAUCUCGCGAGAUCGGAGACGGGGGAUGACGGUCGGGAGGAGGGGAGUGGUGUCGGGUAAAGGGGGGGAAGCUGGGCAGCGGCCGGGCUCUGUGGCUUCAGGGCUCGGGGAGAGAGAGGGAGGGUGGCAAAGAGACUGAGUCGGUGCCGCCGCCUGCCUGAGGAGAGAGGAGGGGUCCCGCUCGCCCUGCGCCCUUCGCGGGCCGAAAGCACUAGGCACUCGCGAACAUCUGAGGCCUCCCGGCCCCGGGGGACCCCGCCCCGCCGUCCGCCGGCCGGCCCGCGGCCUCCCUUCCCUUUGUGAGCGCCUCCUUACCAGGGGUGGUGUUGGUGGCGGAGGGCUGCGCGUGGGCCCGCCCGCCGAGGGGCCGCGGCGGGGGACCGAGAGGGCCUCGGCUGUGUGAGGACUAGAGGCGGCCGAGGCCCGGGCCGGUUCCCCCGAGGCGGCGACGGAGACGGCUCCCGGCACUUCCCCGCGCCAUCUUAACUGAGCCCAAGCGCUGAGGGCGCCUCCUCGACCCCGGUCGUCCCCUCGCCCCCCCCCCCCCCGCCCCGCCGCCGCCGCCCCUUGUUGCAGAGCUUGGGCUGGGCGGCUUGCUGGGGCUCGGGGGUGGGGGGCGGCGAUCUGUCGCCGGGCCCCCUCCUCCUCCUCACUCCUCACCCUCCAGGGUAGCGGCUACCGGAGCGCUGCAGGGGGCUGCGCCUGCCUGCUCCGCCCCAGACCUGUCGGCGAAAGGUAGUUUAUGCCAACGUGACUUCAUUCAUACAGAUGAACCAAGGAUCGGGAUAGCAGUAUAAAAUUAGAAUCAAGACAGCUGACUGCUCAGCAGGAUGCCAUCAACUAACAGAGCAGGCAGCCUGAAGGACCCUGAAAUUGCAGAGCUCUUCUUCAAAGAAGAUCCAGAGAAGCUCUUCACAGAUCUCAGAGAAAUUGGCCAUGGAAGCUUUGGAGCAGUGUAUUUUGCACGAGAUGUGCGUACCAAUGAAGUGGUGGCCAUCAAGAAAAUGUCUUAUAGUGGAAAGCAGUCUACUGAGAAAUGGCAGGAUAUUAUUAAGGAAGUCAAGUUUCUACAAAGAAUAAAACAUCCCAACAGUAUAGAAUACAAAGGCUGUUAUUUACGUGAACACACAGCAUGGCUUGUAAUGGAAUAUUGUUUAGGAUCUGCUUCAGAUUUACUAGAAGUUCACAAAAAGCCAUUACAAGAAGUGGAAAUAGCAGCAAUUACACAUGGUGCUCUUCAGGGAUUAGCCUACUUACAUUCUCAUACUAUGAUUCAUAGAGAUAUCAAAGCAGGAAAUAUCCUUCUGACAGAACCAGGCCAGGUGAAACUUGCUGACUUUGGCUCUGCUUCCAUGGCAUCACCUGCCAAUUCCUUUGUGGGAACGCCGUAUUGGAUGGCCCCAGAAGUAAUUUUAGCCAUGGAUGAAGGACAAUAUGAUGGCAAAGUAGAUGUGUGGUCUCUUGGAAUAACAUGUAUUGAACUAGCGGAAAGGAAGCCUCCUUUAUUUAAUAUGAAUGCAAUGAGUGCCUUAUAUCACAUAGCCCAAAAUGAAUCCCCUACACUACAGUCUAAUGAAUGGUCUGAUUAUUUUCGCAACUUUGUAGAUUCUUGCCUCCAGAAAAUCCCUCAAGAUCGACCUACAUCAGAGGAACUUUUAAAGCACAUAUUUGUUCUUCGGGAGCGCCCUGAAACCGUGUUAAUAGAUCUCAUUCAGAGGACAAAGGAUGCAGUAAGAGAGCUGGACAAUCUGCAGUAUCGAAAGAUGAAGAAACUCCUUUUCCAGGAGGCACAUAAUGGACCAGCAGUAGAAGCACAGGAAGAAGAAGAGGAACAAGAUCAUGGUGUUGGCCGGACAGGAACAGUUAAUAGUGUUGGAAGUAAUCAAUCCAUUCCCAGCAUGUCCAUCAGUGCCAGCAGCCAAAGCAGUAGUGUUAACAGUCUUCCAGAUGUCUCAGAUGACAAGAGUGAGCUAGACAUGAUGGAGGGAGACCACACAGUGAUGUCUAACAGUUCUGUUAUCCAUUUAAAACCAGAGGAAGAAAAUUACAGAGAAGAGGGAGAUCCUAGAACAAGAGCAUCAGAUCCACAAUCUCCACCCCAAGUAUCUCGUCACAAAUCACACUAUCGUAAUCGAGAACACUUUGCUACUAUACGGACAGCAUCACUGGUUACGAGGCAAAUGCAAGAACAUGAGCAGGACUCUGAGCUUAGAGAACAAAUGUCUGGCUAUAAGCGAAUGAGGCGACAACAUCAAAAGCAACUGAUGACUCUGGAAAAUAAGCUAAAGGCUGAGAUGGAUGAACAUCGCCUCAGAUUAGACAAAGAUCUUGAAACUCAGCGUAACAAUUUUGCUGCAGAAAUGGAGAAACUUAUCAAGAAACACCAGGCUGCUAUGGAGAAAGAGGCUAAAGUGAUGUCCAAUGAAGAGAAAAAAUUUCAGCAACAUAUUCAGGCCCAACAGAAGAAAGAACUGAAUAGUUUUCUCGAGUCCCAGAAAAGAGAGUAUAAACUUCGAAAAGAGCAGCUUAAAGAGGAGCUAAAUGAAAACCAGAGUACCCCCAAAAAAGAAAAACAGGAGUGGCUUUCAAAGCAGAAGGAGAAUAUACAGCAUUUCCAAGCAGAAGAAGAAGCUAACCUUCUUCGACGUCAAAGACAAUACCUAGAGCUGGAAUGCCGUCGCUUCAAGAGAAGAAUGUUACUUGGGCGUCAUAACUUAGAGCAGGACCUUGUCAGGGAGGAGUUAAACAAAAGACAGACUCAGAAGGACUUAGAGCAUGCCAUGCUACUCCGACAGCAUGAAUCUAUGCAAGAACUGGAGUUCCGCCACCUCAACACAAUUCAGAAGAUGCGCUGUGAGUUGAUCAGAUUACAGCAUCAAACUGAGCUCACUAACCAGCUGGAAUAUAAUAAGCGAAGAGAACGAGAACUAAGACGAAAGCAUGUCAUGGAAGUUCGACAACAGCCUAAGAGUUUGAAGUCUAAAGAACUCCAAAUAAAAAAGCAGUUUCAGGAUACCUGCAAAAUCCAAACCAGACAGUACAAAGCAUUAAGAAAUCACCUGCUGGAGACUACACCAAAGAGUGAGCACAAAGCUGUUCUGAAACGGCUCAAGGAGGAACAGACCCGGAAAUUAGCUAUCUUGGCUGAGCAGUAUGAUCACAGCAUUAAUGAAAUGCUCUCCACACAAGCCCUGCGUUUGGAUGAAGCACAGGAAGCAGAGUGCCAGGUUUUGAAGAUGCAGCUGCAGCAGGAACUGGAGCUGUUGAAUGCAUAUCAGAGCAAAAUCAAGAUGCAAGCUGAGGCACAACAUGAUCGAGAGCUUCGCGAGCUUGAACAGAGGGUCUCCCUCCGGAGGGCACUCUUAGAACAAAAGAUUGAAGAAGAGAUGUUGGCUUUGCAGAAUGAGCGCACAGAACGAAUACGAAGCCUGUUGGAACGUCAAGCCAGAGAGAUUGAAGCUUUUGACUCUGAAAGCAUGAGACUAGGUUUUAGUAAUAUGGUCCUUUCUAAUCUCUCCCCUGAGGCAUUCAGCCACAGCUACCCGGGAGCUUCUGGUUGGUCACACAACCCUACUGGGGGUCCAGGACCUCACUGGGGUCAUCCCAUGGGUGGCCCACCACAAGCUUGGGGCCAUCCAAUGCAAGGUGGACCCCAGCCAUGGGGUCACCCUUCAGGGCCAAUGCAAGGGGUACCUCGAGGUAGCAGUAUGGGAGUCCGCAAUAGCCCCCAGGCUCUGAGGCGGACAGCUUCUGGGGGACGGACGGAGCAGGGCAUGAGCAGAAGCACGAGUGUCACUUCACAAAUAUCCAAUGGGUCACACAUGUCUUAUACAUAACUUAAUAAUUGAGAGUGGCAAUUCCGCUGGAGCUGUCUGCCAAAAGAAACUGCCUACAGACAUCGUCACAGCAGCCUCCUCACUUGGGUACUACAGUGUGGAAGCUGAGUGCAUAUGGUAUAUUUUAUUCAUUUUUGUAAAGCGUUCUGUUUUGUGUUUACUAAUUGGGAUGUCAUAGUACUUGGCUGCCGGGUUUGUUUGUUUUUGGGGAAAUUUUGAAAAGUGGAGUUGAUAUUAAAAAUAAAUGUGUAUGUGUGUACAUAUAUAUAUACACACACAUACACAUAUAUUAUGCAUGUGGUGAAAAGAAUUGGCUAGAUAGGGGAUUUUUCUGAACACUGCAAAAAUAGAACGUAGCAAAAUGGCUUCAGUUAUCACUUUUGGGUGUCUGUAUCCUAAGAAGUUUCUGAAAAGAUCUAAAGCCUUUUUAUCCCAUAUCCCAAAUUCUUAUGAGCCACUCACAGCAGGCAGCAUAUGUUGAAAUAAGUUAUUACUGGUACACACCUGCAUUGCCUCACCAGUGUAUUUAUUUGUUAUUAAAUUGAUCUGACUUCUCAGCCUCAUUUGGACUAAAAAAAGAAAGCAGAAAUCCAUGAACACAUUGCUUCUCGGCCUUUUGGCUAAUAUCAAGUGUAGAAAUCCAUGAACACUAAAGGACUUCAUUGACUUUUUCAGAGAGUAGAAAACAACUUAGUUUUUCUUUUUUCCUGAAUGCGUCAUAGGCUUGUGAGUGAUUUUUGUCCAUUCAAUUGUGCCUUCUUUGUAUUAUGAUAAGAUGGGGGUACUUAAGGAGAUCACAAGUUGUGUAGGGUUGCAUUAACAAACCUGUGAGCCUUCAAUGGGGAAGACCAGAAGGGUGAGAGGGGCCCUGAAAGUUCAUGUGGUGGGUAUGUCCCGCAGCAGAGUGAGGAGAUGAAGCUUAUGUGUCCUGACGUUUUGUUGCUUAUACUGUGAUAUCUCAUCCUAGCUAAGCUCUAUAAUGCCCAAGACCCCAAACAGUACUUUUACUUUGUUUGUACAAAAACAAAGACAUAUAGCCAAUACAAAUCAAAUGCCGGAGGUGUUUGAUGCCAUAUUUGCAAAUUGCCAUCUAUUGAAAUUCUCGUCACACUACAUAGACAUAAUUGUUAUCUCCUUUUGGCUUAUGUGAUUUUCUGUUUACAAGUAGAAUAGCCAAUUAUUUAAAUGUUUAGUUGCCACAGUGAACCAGGAGUCACUGAGCCAAUGACUUUACCAGCUGCUGACUAAUCUUCAUCACCACUGUAGAUUUUGCUGCAUGUGCAGGUCCUCUAUUUUUAAUUGCUGUUUUCGUUGCUGCAGUACUUUACAAACUUCUAGUUCGUUGAGACUUAGUGACCAUUUGGCAUCAAGUUAACAUCACACAAUAGGAAACACCACUUCCACAAGUCUCAAGCCUCAGUGCUAAAGUACUACUGAAAAGGAACUAGGAAGUUUGGCCAAUUAAAAAAAAAAAGUAAAAUAAGUUAUAGUGGUCAGGGAAUCUCUUGACGAAAGCUAACUCUUAUUUUUCAGGGGGCACAUGUUUUGUUUUGUUAUGUUUUGUUGUACAAUGAAGGAUGAACCCAAUGCUAAGAAGUCAGUUAUUUUCUUGGUUUUCCAUUUCUUGUAUAGAAAUUGUGUUGGAGGUGGGUAGGAAGCUGUGAGUAUGACUUGAAGAAAAAUAUCCUUUUCAGUGACAAAUCAGAGUUUCUUACAAGUUAUUGUCCUGCUCCCUUCCAAGUUGUCUUGAAGAAUCCUUGCUGCUAACUCUGGAUCCUGCUUUUCCUAUAGUCAGAGGGCUCCAAGGUAGAACUCUCUAAGUCCCUCUCAAUGGCACUCUUUGCCUAGACCAAACUAAUGACCAAACAGUAAUCAAUCUAUCACUCUUGAAGUCCUGGUUUUCUCAACCAAAUUUUAAGUCUUUCCCAGGUAUGUCAGUCGAGUUGCCAUGAAUCCUCACCUGUAGGAGUUUCUGGGAUUCAUUUUAAGGAAACUGGAAGAAAAUUAAUGUUUUAAUGUAAAUGUUUUUAAAACCAAGAUCACCAUAGAGUUCACACAAAAUUUUAGGCAGUGUUUCAAGAAGCACUCUUAUGUGUUGUUCUUUCAGCCCAUGCUCCAGGUCACCGGUUUUUAGGUAAACAUGAAAUGACAUGUACUUGUAAUAUCAGUGAAAGGGGCUUUUAGUCGUCUCAGUAUCUUUUUUGCAUUCAGGUAUUAUAGCGUUUCCAACAAAUUAAGAAAUUACUUAUUUGGUGUAAAAUGACGAGAGAGCUUUAGAAUUUAAUAAAAUGUCAAAAAUACAAUUUGAUACCCUUAAAAAUUAUUCAUAGAUCUGGCUGCUGUGUACUACUGGAUGGGUGGAAUAGGGAAGCAGAUCACUUUUGCAUAAAAAAACUCUUUCAAACCCAAAAUAUUAUUGGUGGUACAUUUUAAAGUCCAAUUGUGGACUUAAAUUAGUCAAAUUGAGAGUUACUGAGUCCAUUCAGAUCUCCAGUAGGGUUUUGUAUCUAAUGUAUUUGUUUGGCCACCAGUUUUACAUGUAGGUCAUGACUAUACCUGGAUUUUAUCAUUAAGUUAACUUUAAAGUAUAUACAGUUUGCAAAAAAUGAUUCAAAUUAAUUGGUUUGUAUAUGUUUGUGAGAUCUAGCUUCUGAGGAAUCUCAUACAUAGUAGGAACCAUCAUAGAGUAAAGCUUGUAGCAGAAAAAUUGGAAGGGUUUUGAGAUAUCCUAGAGAAAGAGCAAGCACUUUCUGAAUCAGUGGGGAAAUAUCAAUAUUUGAUCAAAUUAACACUACCUCCUUCCCAGUGUUGGUGUUCACUCACUAUAUGUCUUUAAGAAAAUUAAAAGUAUGGAAAAUUUGUCUAGCAUAUCAGAAGUUGUAAAUGCUAUAUCUGGUAUCCAGAGGCUGGCUGUAAAAAGUUCCUUGGGGUCACUCUAUCUCCCAUUUUUUUUGGUUAGCAUUUUAAAAAUGCAAAGCCACAUACUUUGAAAUAUAUUAUUCCAAAUUGAGCUCCCUUCCCUUUGCACAUAUUUUUUCCCUCCCCUUAUUGAAGUCAGCUCUAACCCCAAAUUCUAGUAUCCAAAAGUAUUUUUAUUUGUAUAAUGCUAUCUGAAAAAUGUGUUUAUAUUUUCAGAGCUGCAAUUCUUAUUCGCCAUUUCAAUACCUAGAGAUAAAGAGUCUUGUAUUUGAAGCCACACACACUGGUGUAAUAUGCUUAGUACUCUAGGUCAAGGAUUUGUUGGUAAAUGGAACAUUUUAGCAUAGUCAUGAUUUUUGGUUGCCUAGACAUCAGGUAAACAUUCAGUACACUAAAGAAACUAUCCUGGACACUCCCUCCUGCUUCCACCAAUUUUUUUCUCACCCCCUUUUCAAAAAUUGAAAACUCUAUGAGUGUCUUUUUGAGACCAUAAAGCAGACUUUAGUAACUUUCUAUUUCUGUAAGUACUAAAUGUCUGGCAUUUUAAACUUUUGUAGAAUACAUUAUGUUGGACACUGGAAUAAUACUAUUUAUUUUCACCUGUGAAAAAUGACUUCAUUGUACUUGAAACACCUCCUUUGCAUUUCUCCAUUUGUGCCAUUCACUAGUGGAAAUAAAUUGUAUUAUACCAUGAUCUACUGGCUUUUUAAAACUGUAUUAAAUAUGCACAUUUUUGGUAUAGCUAUUAUCAUUUGUAUGUAUAUAUUGUAUAUACAUAUGAGUGUCUGUAUGUGUGUAUAGAUGGAUGGAUGUAACUCAUACUGUACAUUUCCAUCAGGGCACUUAAAAGUUCUGUUAUUUUUGUUUGGUUUUGUUAUUUCAGUCCUCAGUUAAGGCAAGAAUGCAUGUGUUUCUUAAGAAUGAGUACUCUGCGUUGAUGUUUAUGAGAAGGUGGUCAUUAGAUGCAGUCUUUUCCUUUUUAAUCCCCUCUUAGCACUUGUGUGAGUGGAGAGGACAUUAAGUAAAAUUUGGAAUCAUAAGUUGCAAUGCAGUAAAAUGGUGCUGGGGAAGGAGCCAGUUAGUGUUUCUGUGAGUUUGUGUUGUGAUGCAAUAAGAGAUAAGUAAUGCAGAGAGAAAUGAACCAUGGAAAGUAAGAACACUGAUGGUGAUUCCUCUGCAAAGAUGAUAAGAAAAAGAACCAAUACAUCACACAAUCUUUAUGUGCUUUCUAUAUGUAUUUCUUAGUAGUGAUACCAUUGAUCCUCUUACUUUUUUUACUCCAUUAAUACUAAUAAUUAUAUACUUUGCUGAGGAUCAAAACAGCCAAGAAAGGAAUUACUGCUAAAGCAUCUAAGAUUCUCCUGAACUGUAAAAUCAACAGGAAAUGGCCACUGGGAGAGAAGGAUUUGGUAUUGGGUGAGGGGCUUUCUCCCUUUACCUGCCUCUUCUUGCUUGCUAAUAGUAAGUUCUUUGUGCACCUUCCACCACUUCUGAGCCACUACUAUUCAAGUAGAGAUUUGCCCCAACACAUUAACUUUUUCCUUGGAGAUUUAUAUGGUCCUGCAUUUUGUCCUAUGCUCACAAUGUGAAGUGUCUUCUGUAUUCAAAUCAAAAAAUAAUAUAUUUAAGGUAUAUAAGUGUGAAUCUCCUAUAAUGAUGGAAGAAGAGGUUCUCUUGUCUUAGAUAGAAAAGAGCCUUCUCCAAGAGCAAUGUCAAAACUUGGGCUGUCAUCUUUGAGCUGUUUACCAAAAUACAGACCAUUAUUGAAGAAAAACAAAUUAUCUAUUUUGUUUUCCCCCAUCUAACAUGAUAGUGCCCCCAACCAGGUUGUACAUUGCCUUUUAAAAGAGACUCACUCAACUCUUAGUUUUUAAGAACUGGAAAUUUCCCAUCCUCAGAUCCCUUAAAGGAUGAAGAGUUGGCUGUACACUUAGCGGACUUGCCUCUUGUAUGCAAGGACUACUGAUUGAAGUCUGUUUUGCUGUGUCUGGUUAUGUUGUCUGCACUUUUAUGAAAUCACUACAAUAGGUCUGCAUUGGAAAUGACUAUUAAUUUGUAAAGAAGUAAGUUUUAUUAAACACUGUCUAGAAAAAGAAAGUGAAGCUGAGAACUCUUCCUUUAUUGUGCAUUUAUAUUUUCUGCUGAAUUCCGGUAGUUCCCUUUAAAGUCAUGUUGACUAAUGUUUUCCUCCUUGUUCGUAUUCAGAUUUCCAAAAUUUCACUCAUACAAGGGAAGAGACUCCAUUUAGCUUAACGGUAGUCUUUAGAUCAUAAGAAAUAUAUAAAUUAGUAUGCACCUUAUCUGCCUGUUGUGGGUUUCUUAAACUUGCACUUCCUACCCACCCAAAGAUAGAUAUCCUUUAAAGAAAAUAAAGGCAGAGAAUUAAAACUGGGGAGCCAUUUACUAUGUCACCAUCACUGUUAACUGUUUCCCAGCAAUCUAAACUUUUUGAAGUUUCAGAGGUGUAUUUUUUUUUUUUUUGUAUAUAUGUCUGUGUGAUUGUAUUGUUUUGUUUCUAAAUAUACAAGGAAUUCUUUAAAUAGAGAAAAAGGUUAAUCCUCACUGAAACACCAGGAUGCCCACUGGAUAUACUAAUCUGAACAUCUGUAGGUAGUUUGUCAUGAAAAAGUGGAGAGAAGAUGAGACUUUUGAAUGAAUGAAAAAGGGUAUCUUGAUACCCAGAAUUCCCCCCAAAGUACGGGUAAUUCAACCUGCACAGUUUUCUUUCACUCAAAGUGUUCAGCACUUGUGAGUGAAAAAUCAUGUAAUUAUCUGUAAAUAUGUAGCUAACAAAUUGACCUAGUUUCUGUAUUUUUUUGUUUUUGUACUAAAGUUUAUAGGUCUGUGCCAGCUAGAGAGAAGUUGCUGUCAUUACCAGUUGUGGUCCUAGCAUCUAACCCUGAAACCAUCCUAGGUGACAUUUUUAGAAUUAAUACUUAAAUGUUAAACAGGGGGAAAUGAAGCUUAAUCAUGGUCAGGUUUGAGAUCUUUUGCAGUGAAAUAAUUUUAUUUAAUAUAAAUGAUCACAUGUCCUCAAUCAUGAAUGAGGUAGGGAGCCUCUCUCCCCCAGUGGCCAUGUUUACAAAAGUGUGUUUUGUCUAUAAAGUGCAAGUGUUUUAAUGUUUAUGUAAAUUAUGCAGGUGAUAACAUGGUUUGGAACUGUUUAUUGGGCUCUUUAACUGAAUUUUCAAAUGAAAUGAACUAUGCUUAUUGCUGGCACAUUGAUCCCAUUUCUGGAACAUUUUUCCUAUUUCCAGAGUUAAUAUGUUCUUUUGUCAUUACCCAAUUUAACCUCCCUUUCUCUGAUAUGCCUUGUAGCCAAAGUAUUAAAGGCUGAUGAACAUAGACAAGGGAAAUGCAUUUCUUAGAAAUCCGUGAACCCUCAGUUGUAUGCUUUCAGUACUCGUGUUAAUAUGUUUCUAUGGCAACUCUGAGGUCAGUGGUUUAGAAAUGAGAUACCAGUGUUAAUGAAAAGUGUGUGCUCUUUGCUUUUGCAUGGCUUGGCUUAGUAUCCAAGGUAUAUUAGGGCCACUUGAAAGCAUGAAGACCAGUUAUAUAGGGAACAGGUUUCUCUCAGUGGCACAUUUUGCUUUUUCUGAGCCCCAAAUACAUUGCCUGGGCAUGAACAUUGUUACCGUAAAUUGCACAUGGUCAUGGACUGAAUUAUGUGACUUUAAAGGAUGUAACUGCCCAACAUUUGCAGAUUCUGGGUGGUCUCUGUGACCAUUUGUCUCGUAUCUGAAAACCCCGGGGCUAUUGGAACCCUUCCAACACUUUUUCCUUUGUCAUAGACAAGUUUAUAUAUAACUUACCAAGAUGUUGGCUGUCCUGGUGUAUUGCCAGACAGCUCUCUUUUGGUUCCCAUUCCAAAUGUGCUGCUGUCCUUCUUUGCAUUUCACAAUAUCAAAGAAACCACCACCCUUCUUCCUAACAGCAUUUUAUGCCUUUUAUUCCACAUUAAAUGGGAAUUGUGCCUACUUAGGAGUGCCCCUCCAAUUAAUUACAUGUGUCCAAGAAUAAUCCAAGCUAGAGACACAAGGUGGGAAAACAUUUCAAAAAAAAAAAAAAAGUCCUCUUAAGGCCAGUAAUUGAUCUGAAAAGGUAUUUUAUCACACCUUGGCACCUUAUAUAUGAGCCUAUUAGGAGCUGCCGGUGGUUUCAUAGGGUAAAAUCCAAGAAAAGAGAAGGAUGUGUGGGGUUUCUAUUAGAAGAUAAUUUUGUUCUCAUUUUACCUUUUCUUUUAUGAUCCUUCUCUGCUAGAACAGGUUAAUUCUCCAAAUUUGUUUUGUUUUGUUUUGUUUUGUUAUUUUUUAGGGAACUUUUUUGCAAAAGCAAUGGUCAGAUGUAAAUAACAUUUAAAGUAUAGUGCACAUAACUUCCCCGGACUGUUCCAAUCUGAUAAUUUGUAAAUGCUUUAGAGUUUUUUUAAUUAACACUUGUGUUGCUAAAUUCUAUUUAUGUAAGUCUGCUAAAGUUUUUUAGCCCACUUAAAACUUAAGACAACCAUUUAAAAUAAUGGAUGGGUUACUAUGAGCAAUUUCGCUUUCAGAACCCCCUUGUUUUAGUAUAUGAAAAAGCCUAAUGCGCAUUAAUGAGGUUGAAGAGACUAUGAGAAAUAUGUAUAGUGUAUAUUUUAAAACAGCUUUGCUUGUAUUGUGAAGAUUUAAAAACAAACUUGAGAUUUUUAACGUAACUAUUAACACAGUUUUAACAUAAGUUAUCCCACUGGGUUUAAGAGCAUCUUGAAUGUAUAAUCCUUUUUGUAACCCAGGUUGGUUUCUACUUUUACCAGUCACCCAAACAUAUUUAUGUUUUUAGUUUUAUGUACUCAUUUCCCUUUGUUUUCCUCAAACAGCAUGAUUUUUUUGCACAUGUAGAAAUUUUUUAAAAGAAAGAAAUUAGUACAUCAUUUUCUCUGGAUUUUCUUCACUUCCCUCUUCCUUUCUACUAACUCCUUCCUUAAAGGCCAUAUCACUCCAUUUGCAUUAUUUGUGCAAAUGCCAGGGUUGGUUUUUAUUUUUAUUUUUGCUAUUUACCUAAAAAAAGAAAAUGCUUCAGUCAAUUGCUUUUUUAUUUAAAAAAAAAAGAAAAGAAAAAAAGCUGUAACCUUAUCAUUUCUGAGUAUACCAUUGAGCGAUGAAUGCACACCUGUAGUAGCCCAGGACCAGCUGUGGUGGCUAAAGGGAAUAUGUUAAUUAAGCAAGAGGUUCUUUUCUAAAAGUGGUAUCUGUUAUCCACAAUGUAUUUUAGUUAUUCCCACAAGUCAGGGGUCCAGAUAAAAUGAGGGUUAUCAGCUAACUGAUAUGCUAUCAUUGAGGUUCAUCAAUGAAUUUGUACAUUUCUAGUUCCCUUUGGUGAAGGGAAAAAUGAUGAUUUUGCAAGACCUAGAUUUUGGCUUGGUUUCUUGCCUCCUUUUUUGGCAGCCUUCAUCUUGUCAUCUCCCAAACCCCCUGAGCCCGUAGGGUUUUCAUAGUGGACAAAGAACUUGUGGUCUUUUAAAACUGGGACUGAUACUUUUUUGAGAGAGUAUCGUGUCGAAAGUGUGAUGUUCUACCACUUUACCAAUAACUAAUUUUAAAUACACAUUGUCCUCUCGAUUUUUGGACCAAACAGACGCUCACAGUGGAGGCUUAUCAAGGGUUGCAUUGGGGAAGAAGCCUCUCCCUCUCUGUCAGCACCAGCUGGUAAAGGUGACUGUACAGAUGUGCAUUUUCUUUUUGGUAUAAAUGGUCCACAGCACUAACUGGUAAGGCUUAUUGUACAGUAUAUUGUCAGUAUUCUUCUGGUUCAGCAUACCUUAUAGUUCAUAUAUAACCUGUAUUAAUUGUAUAGAUUGUGCAUUAAAAGCUGUUACCAAGUUGUCAGAACAUAAGAGCGAAAACAAGGUCAUAUGUAAUAUUUUGUUUGUAAGUAUCCUUUGUAUCAUAGCAAAGGAAAUGUUUAAAAAAAUCAACUGUAAUAAAGUAAUUUUAGUACACAG